AUGUUGAAAGGUAGAUCAGUAAAAAUGGAUGACCAGAUUAUUCAACCAUUGUGUGGGCGUGAAACUGCUAAUAAUAAAUUGGCAUCUUUCUCGCCUCUUCCCAGUAGCUCCUGUCCUCUUCUCUCUGUGUUGCACUCUCAGGCCUCUUCAUUUUCCAACAUGUCAGAUCUUGAGGCCCCCCUGCGCCCAAAGAGGAAGAAGAUUUGGGUAGACUACUUUGUUCAAUUCCGAUGGAUUAUUGUUAUCUUUGUUGUUCUUCCCAUUUCCUUCACUUUGUACUUCCUUACAUAUCUCGGAGAUGUGAGAUCCGAGUGCAAAUCCUUUAAGCAACGCCAGAAGGAGCAUGAUGAAAAUGUUAAGAAAGUUGUAAAACGCCUCAAGGAGCGGGACCCAAAAAAGGAUGGGCUGGUCUGCACGGCCCGUAAACCCUGGAUUGCUGUAGGAAUGCGUAAUGUGGACUAUAAGCGUGCUCGUCAUUUUGAAGUUGAUCUUUCUGCCUUUAGAAAUGUUCUCAAUGUUGACAAGGAGAGAAUGAUUGCCAGAGUUGAGCCUUUGGUCAACAUGGGUCAGAUAAGCAGGGUCACUGUCCCAAUGAAUCUUUCCCUUGCAGUUGUUGCUGAACUCGAUGAUCUUACUGUUGGUGGUCUAAUCAAUGGCUAUGGUAUUGAAGGAAGCUCCCAUAUUUAUGGCUUGUUCUCUGAUACUGUUGUGGCCUAUGAAAUUGUUUUGGCAGAUGGGAAGUUGGUUAGAGCUACGAAGGACAAUGAGUAUUCUGAUCUUUUCUAUGCUAUCCCCUGGUCUCAAGGGACAUUGGGACUCCUUGUUGCAGCCGAGAUUAAGCUUAUACCUGUCAAGGAAUACAUGAGACUCACAUACAAGCCUGUAGUGGGUAACCUGAAGGAGCUUGCUCAAGCAUAUGUGGAUUCUUUUGCUCCAAGGGAUGGAGAUCAGGACAAUCCUGAAAAGGUACCAGACUUUGUCGAAACUAUGAUUUACACUCCGACAGAAGCAGUUUGUAUGACGGGAAGAUACGCUUCAAAAGAAGAAGCCAAAAAGGAGGGUAAUAAAAUCAACAGUGUUGGUUGGUGGUUCAAACCCUGGUUCUACCAGCAUGCACAUACUGCAUUGAAAAAGGGGGAAUUUGUGGAGUAUAUUCCCACCAGAGAAUAUUACCACAGGCAUACAAGAUGCUUAUACUGGGAAGGGAAGCUCAUCCUUCCAUUUGCUGAUCAAUGGUGGUUCAGGUUUCUUUUUGGGUGGUUGAUGCCCCCCAAGGUUUCUCUUCUCAAGGCUACUCAAGGUGAAGCUAUCAGGAACUAUUACCAUGAGAUGCACGUCAUUCAAGAUAUGCUUGUUCCCCUUUACAAGGUUGGAGAUGCUCUGGAGUGGGUCGACCGUGAGAUGGAGAUAUAUCCCAUCUGGCUAUGUCCACACAGACUAUAUAAGCUCCCCGCGAAAACUAUGGUGUAUCCCGAACCAGGAUUUGAGCUCCAGAGGCGGCAGGGUGAUACACAGUAUGCUCAGAUGUAUACUGAUGUUGGAGUCUACUAUGCUCCUGGACCUGUCUUGAGGGGCGAGGUGUUUGAUGGAUCCGACGCAGUGCGUCGAAUGGAGAACUGGUUGAUUGAAAACCAUGGGUUCCAGCCACAAUAUGCUGUGUCCGAGCUUAAUGAAAAGAGUUUCUGGAGAAUGUUCGAUGCUGGUCUUUAUGAGCAUUGCAGGAAGAAGUAUGGAGCUGUGGGUACCUUCAUGAGUGUGUAUUAUAAGUGUAAGAAAGGUAAGAAGACUGAGAAAGAGGUGCAGGAAGCUGAGCAGGCAAUUGUUGACACUCCGGAUGCUGAAGCUGAUCAACCUGCAGAUUGUUAG